AUGUCUUCAUCCCACCUCACAUUUCCAACGUUCGUUUCUGGAGACGAUGCACCCGAGGCUGGCAGCAGCAAGAUCCCGGAGCCCACAACCCGACUAUACGUGGGGAACCUGCAUCCCAGCGUUGACGAAUAUACUUUGCUACAAAUAUUCACGAAACAUGGACGAGUUAGCAAGUUCGACUUCCUGUUCCAUAAAAGCGGAGCGUUGAAAGGGAAGCCGCGUGGGUAUGCAUUCGUUGAAUACGGAGAUAAGGAUGUAAGUCCCACCACUAUGCUGCUUCUUUCCAGAGCUCAUCAUGAAGCAGACAAGGCGCGAAUAGCGCUCCACGAUAAAUUGUUGCGUGGUCGGAAAUUGGUCGUAACUUUUGCCCAGUAUGCCCCUGUCGAUUCUGGGAAACCACGCAAGGUCAUGGCAGAAUCGGGUCGUCCAACAACAUUGAGCAUGAUUAAAAGAAGCACAGGAAGAACGGAGGACAAGAUUGCGAUGAUGGAAGCCAAGCUGCGACAAAUGGCCAAAGAAGAAUCAACAACAGGACUGCUCCCACACGCGUCCCUCCCACCAAAACCACUUCCUUCAGACAUACCGAUGGGUGACCCUCAACCAACGCGAAGACAGUCCACCGCGUUACCAAGUUUACCACUAUCUAAUGCGGCUGCUGAUACGGCUUCUCUCGUCAAAACAAUGAAUAGUAAAACCAAGCCGCGGAAAGCAGGUGUCUUGGCGGGAGUCAAGCUGGGAAAGCCUAGGGUGUCGAGGCUAGAAUAG